AUGUCUAUUUUCGGGUUAUCAGAAGUCACGCCAGAAGUUAUCCUAGAGAUAUGCAAGCAUCUGGAGACUCCCAAAGACCGUUUGAAUUUGGUAUGCUGUUCGCGAUUUUUUCAUGACUUGUGCCUGCCGUUGCUUUAUCAGAGGCUAUGGACUGGCGGCAAGGAUCUUGCCCCAAUUGCUCGGGUUGUUCGUACUCUUAUUAAGAAACCGGCUCUUGCGGCGCGAGUUCAUACUUUACAUCUUUUUGAUUGGGAGACCUAUAUCGGAUACAAUUUUGCGGAAUCUGAUGAGGCACUCAAUGCAUUUAAAGAGGACCGUGCUAUGGAGAGGGAACAGGCAGAUACUAAUGAGGAGGCUAACGAAGGCGAUGCGGAUGACCAGGAUGGAAUUGAAGAAAAUCGAGAUGAUGACGAUAAUGCCUCAGAUAACGGCAGUAUCUACUUGAAAAGAUUCGACUAUGGUCCGCUACGUGAACAGGCAAAGCUCGUGACCCGUUCUGAGGAUGAGACAGACUACUGGAUGGAUGAAAUUACCAUCGGAAAUGCCGAUGCAUGGGUUGCAUUGCUUCUAACCCUUCUUCCUAAUCUCCAGCGACUUGAGAUAGAGUUCCCCUAUGGGUCAUUAUGGGUUCGCUGGGUGCUGAAAUGGGCAAUAGCUGGGCGUCUAGAUUCUAUCCCGGCUUUCAAAUCACUCUCUGAGGUUUAUGUCGACUGGGACAGCGAAAACGUGAAAGCUUGUUGCAGGAACAUAAUGCCAUUCUUUCUGCUGCCCUCGAUGCGCCGGCUUUACGCUAGUAAGCUUUUUGAUAGGCUUGGAAUGUUUGAAGAAGCAUGGGUGGAUAGGGAUGAUUUAACUCAGGUUGCUCAAUUUUCUCCUGUUACACAUAUUGAAAUUGAUGAAAGCGAUGGGCAAUGGGGCAUGUGGAAGGUGGUGGGGAUCUGCAAGAAUCUACAGUCCUUCAAAUACAAUCACAGUGGCUGCGUGGAAUUCGAUCCAGUUACUUUCCAUGAAGAGCUUUUCCCACUGAGAGAGACUCUUCAGACGAUAUGGCUUGGCAUACAGGAGAGUUCUCAUGGAAACUGUAUGGAGGUUUCACACCAUUGCAACAAUCCACUCCCUUCCUUUAAGGAUUUCACAUCCUUAAAAACGCUCCGUCUCCGAGCUAAGAACUUGCCCGGGUUGAAUCUUAAAUCUGGGAGAAACCAUGCUAGCAUGACAUUUGCUGAAGCCCUUCCAUCUUCACUUGAGACUUUGCAAAUUGCCGAUAUCGGAAACAGGGUUAACCUUCGGACACUUGUCCGAGAGCUACAGGAUCAUAUUGAACAUGCUUUGGAUUCCACUCCAGCAUUGAGAGAGAUUGCUAUUGAACUUUUGCUAGAUUCACCGAGAAUGCCAAGACUACUUUUGGAUUUGGACAGAGCCUGUACAAAAGUAGGUAUCAAAUUCUAUGUAUGUGGCACUCAUGACGGGCGAGCCAAGUGGAGGACUGAAGGAUUCACUCCGCGUGUUCAGUGA